AUGAUAAUAGAUGACGUCUACGGACAAGAACCAUCCGGAGUUGAACAUCUAGAAUCCGUGCCUCGUCCGUAUAAUGUUGGUAGACAUAUAGCGCAUCGCAUAGAGGAAUUGGGGGUGCAGGACUUUUUUGUCGUUCCUGGGGACUCCAACCUUCACCUCCUUGACCAUUUGCUUGAAAACAAAAAUCUCAACAUGGUUGGAUGCUGUAAUGAAUUAAACGCUGGUUAUGCAGCUGAUGGGUAUGCUCGCACUUCUAACGCCCAAAUCGCCGUUGUGGUUGUCCCCUACGGAGUAGGAGGACUAUCGAUCCUGAACGCAAUUGCUGGAGCCCGCUCUGAAAACCUCAAGGUCAUUGUUAUAUCAGGAUGCCCCAAACUCUCGCUCAUCUCAGAACCUAAUCUCCUACAUCACUCUUCCGGCUCUGACGGCAAAGAAGUGGCUCUCCACGCCUUUGAUCAAGUAACUGCGAAAUCACUGCGGGUGACCUCGACCGAGUCUGUACAGGAUGCUAUCGAUGAGGCAUUGAAAGAAUGUCUCGAUCGGUCACUUCCCGUUUAUAUUGAAAUUCCAGAAGAUCUUGUGCAAGUACCGUGUUUGGAACCCACGCCGUUGCGGAAAGGGAUAACGGCUAUUUCCAUUUCGAGAGAUAUAAAUUCUGCUCUAAGCAGCAUUGAGCAUGCAUGGAGCUUAGCAAAGCGUCCAGUGCUUCUAAUAGGACCCCAGGCAUGUGUCAAUCUCUCACGGACUGACAUUGACCUGCUUGCGUCAAGGCUGGGAUGUGCUGUUCUAGUUCAACCUGAUGCAAGACUGAUGACGGAGACGCACCCCCAAUUUUGUGGCACCUUUUGGCCGAAUAUUCUCAACCAUCCCGGGGAGAGGGUCAUGUCAGAAUCCGAUUUAUGGCUUGUCAUUGGGGGUCGGUGGAGCGACCUCCACUGUCUUGGAAAUGUGGAUCCUAGCAAAAAGAAAUCUCAAGUCAUUGAAUUGAAGUCGGAUCUUGUGAGGUUUCCAGAGCGGUCUGAAUACAAGGUUGACCUCCAGGUUCUGAUCCAAGAACUUUUAUCGUCAGAAAAGAUUCAAAGAAAUGACAGUUCGCUACGUGCAUAUCGAGAGUAUCAAGAUUCUUCUGUGCCUACCUUUGAGGCCGCACAAGACCAUCCAGACCACCCUGGUGACCCAAUAACCUUACCCAGCGUUUUGCGUGGUAUUCAGACCAUCUUUCAUGAAGGCGAUACCCUUGUUGCGGACGCGGGUGAGACCUGGUUCACCUCCCAGCAUAUCCGUCUUCCGACUAGCGCAUCCUAUCAGGUACAAAUUGUUUAUGCCUCGAUUGGUUGGGGACUUCCUGCAACUCUUGGCUGCCAAUUAGCUCGUCCACGAAAUAGAUCAAUCUUGAUGAUUGGAGACGGUGCCAUGCAAAUGACGGCUCAGGAACUAAGUACCAUGAUUCACCUCAAGCUCAACCCAGUUAUCUUCGUUUUUAACAAUUUAGGGUAUAGAACAGAAACUGUAAUCCAUGAUGGACCGUAUAACUAUAUUUCCAACUGGAACUAUGCCGGUCUCGGAUCCUCUCUUUCUGCGCAGCCACACGCUGAGAAUAAUAAUUCCUUCCUUCCAGACCACUCCUCUGGUGAAGAUGAUGCCUUUUUCACACGCCAGAUUCGGACAUGUGCUGAGCUUGAUUCGGCCUUACAACAGGUUGAGGAGGAAUACUGGAAGCUGGCAUUGUUGGAGUGUUGUAUCCAUCCCGAUGAUAUGACUGAUGAGCUUAGGGAAUUAGGUAAAAAAAUGUCUCAUGACUAG